CAAAGAUUUGGUGAGAAAAUCCAAAACAAACCCCUCAGAAAACGUUGUGGUUCUUGUCAUGCAGGUUACGAUGAACAUGCUGGAGGAGGUUCCAUUUCAGACCAUGCUGGGUCCUCUGGAGGUGGAGGUGCAGACGGUGACAGCUCCAGAUAUCAACACACCAGACUGCCACCAAAUACUGAGAGAAACUGAGUAUCGAUUCAACCUGGAGAAAUGUAUUUUAACUGGUCAGCAGCCAGUUUGCCCAACCGCCUCCUGUCCGCCUUUCUGGCUGAUGUUCAGCAGCCCUCAGGAGAGUAGCAGGGCCGAUUGCAGGUGCAGUGAACCGUGGGCCCCGAGGCUACGGCCCCGCAGCCACAGCCUGAACUCCGCAGAGGCCCGCAAGUUGCCCCAUCGCACCGUCAAGUUCCUCGUGUCCGACUCAGAGGAUGAAGACGGUUACAUUGAAGAUAGCGAGGCCUCCUCAGCUGAAGAUGCACGCCACCCUAUCAAGAGCAGGGUGCGACCCUGGAGCGCUGCACCCAGAGACCCGAUCUCCAGAGUCAAAGACAUACACCAUGGACCAUCCGCUCACCACUGUAAGCCUAACUCACCUCAGAGCCUCAGACGCCACAGAGGCUCUUCCCCUUCCCCACAAGACUGCAAGCAACCUCUGCGAGCACCGGAGAAGCAAAGGUCACAGCAGGGCAGCCCGUUACUCCACGGCCAGAAGAACGUCAAGAGGAGGCAGCGCUCACUGGGCCCUGUGGGCAGAAAGUACUCCCUCAACACACCAGCCGCUGGAGCUCCUCCACCCAGACUGCAGCAGCAACGACCCUCCUCUGCCGGGCCUCUCGUCAGAAUCAGACAGAAGGCCCUGAGCAGCGGUGGCUCUCGUGGGGUUUUCUUUGACACAGCAGCAGAGUUGUUGUCAGCUCUCAGCCAGGAGGAGAGGGAGCUACUUGAGACCAUCACGGAGAGGGGUUACCCUCUACGCACAGCCAUUCUGGCUCUGCAGAAGACUGGCUACCGCAGCCCAGAGAAGAUCCUAAAAUACUUGGUUGCCAGUGAGCAUCUGUGUGAACUGGGCUAUGACGAAGCGCAGGUGGAGGAGGCCCUGGAGAUGUUUCAGAACUGUGAGAGCAAGGCUGCUGAGUUCCUGCGGCUCCUGACUCAGUUUAAUGAGAUGGGCUUCCAGCCAAGUGCAAUCAAGGAAGUUCUGCUUGUUCACGAAAAUCACCGUGAAAGGGCUCUGGAAGAACUCAUGACCCGAAUGGCUUAAAACUAACCUUCUCCCUAAAUGUUUACUCAUGUGUACAGUAGGUGAAACGGUCUCAGAUUUUACAUAGUAGCUGCCAUAUAGAGGCCAGUAUGAAAACUAUGCAGGUAUAAUAAAAAAAUAGACAAGAAAACAGUUAGGAUGAACGUUUUUUUUACGUUUAUUUACAGGUCGAUUAAAAAAAAAGCAAUCAUGUGUCAAGCUUUUGAGGAACAGAUGUAGCUGUCAUUCCAGCUGUAGGAAGAAAAUCUUAAUGUGCUGGCUCACUGCUACGAUACUAACGGUAGUGCUCUAGAUAUGGUGAAUAACAUUUGAUUUAAAAAAAGGGUGCAACCCUCAAAGAAAAAUGAUCAAAAGCCAAAAUUGCCAUGGUACAAACGUUAAAAUCAACACAAGAAUAUCUACAGCAGAGAACACUGCCGCAGCAGUCAGCCUGAAAUAUAGUCUCAUGAGAACAGGAUGAGGAGAAUUAAAACGUUCACAUAGAUACAAAUAUUUACAAAGUGUCUAAGAAGUUUCCCUGUUGUCCAGUAUAUAUAUAUAAAAAACUAAAACAAAAUACCAAACUACCGCUGAGCUGGAUGAAUCCCUGUGGUGACGCAGCGUCUGGAUCCCUCAUUGGAAGGUGGAGUUCACGGAUUUAGAAGCCUUCGAGAGGUCUUUCUGUACAGACACAUGGACAAUUACCAUCAGUAGUGAAUCAAGUUUUCAAAAUGUUCAAAUAAUCUAAUGUGAAAAAGGCUUUGUUAGCUUAUGAUGUGGUAAUACGAAAAUACAGUGUGCAUGCAUGUAUAUACACACACACUUAUUAAUGCUAUGAUGUCCGGAUUUAACAUUGAGGUAGAAACUGUGGCACAAUGAACAAGGUAAAA